AUGGAAUAUCUAAAUAAUAAUGUCACUCAAAAUACUCUAUUUGGAAGUUUUAUGCUAGAAGAGAGCUAUCACCAAAUAAAAAUACAAGUAAUGAAAUAUACUAUAGAUGCAGAAAAUGAAUCUAUAUAUGAUAAAUUCAUAACAAACAAAUCUGUAAAUAACGAACUCUUGGAAAGUGAACUUGUAGAAUUUGAAGUUGCAGAAAAUGUAGAUGUUGAAGUUGUGGAAAGUGAACGUGUAGAUGUUGAAGUUGAAAGUGAAUAUGUAGAUGAUGAAGUUUUGGAAAGUAAAUAUGUAGAAGGUUUUCAGAACAUAGAAAGCAACAAAAUUAAUAUCUCUAUUCUUGGGCUAGAGUUAGAAGAACAAAAUCUUAUAAAAUAUUCCUUAAACCAAUCUGUGAAGAUAUCUGUUGAAACACAUUUUAAUUCCUGGUCAAUUGUUGACUUCUACUUAAAG